AUGUAUAUUUCUUCGUCUGUUUCUCUAAAAAAUUGUCAAAUUUGUUCAAAACCUUCGCACGGAAAUCACUUUGGAGCAAUUUCUUGUAGAGCGUGUGCUAUAUUUUUUCGACGAGCUGUUUUGAAAAAUUAUUCGCAUUUAAAGUGUAGUGGAAAAUGUAAGAAGGGAGAUAUUUGUAAGAAAUGUAGAUUGGAAAAAUGUUUGAAAGCUGGAAUGAGUGAGAAACGUGAGUUAUUUUGAUUCAUGAGAUAUGUUUCUAUUCAAAAAACUUUCUAGAGUUUCAAUAUGAUCGAGAUCUGAUUUCUUCCACAUGUAAAAAUAUUCCUCCAUCUAUGGAAUAUUUUCUAGGACGACCUGUUUUUAUAAUAUUUUGUAAUACAGAAUUUCCAAAAUCUGAAAGAAGUUACGUUGAUUUCACAAAACUUAUCGAAAAAGCUACAGACUUAUUCAAAAAUCGAGAAACAAAAUUAUAUGUUGGAAUGAACACAUUGAAUCAAUUAACCUAUGCACUAACUCAAAAUGUUAAAACAGUUAAACCAAGAUUGCGUCAGAAAUUCGGGAAAGAUGAAAUGCUCGCAUUCUGGGAAACAAGUUUUCUAAAAGUCGCCGAUUGGUUGUCAUAUUGUGACAAAUUUCAAGAACUUCCAAUGCAAAUGAGAAUUCAAAUUUUGAAAUCUAUUUGGAUUCCUUGGACCAAACUGAAGAAACAUUCAAUGACAGCAAAACGCAGAAAACAAUCUCAAACUCAAGAUAGAAUUCGUUAUUGGUCUGAUGAUUGUUUAAUUGAUCCUGUUAAAGUAGAAUUCGAUAAUUCUUGGAUAACAACAUGUAAUCCAGAACAAUUGAAGUUGUGAGUAAUAGUUCACUGAUACUUAGCAUAAUGUUCAUUUUUUCAGUUUCACUGAUCCUCUGGGACACUUCCCCAAGAGUCCUCUAAUUGAACUUCUUGCCAAUUUUCAACCAACAAAUCAAGAAGUGACAUAUAUGUUAACAGUAUUCUCAUUUCGACAUUCCGCAAGAAGUUUUAACGGAGAGUUUGAGAAAUUGUAUGAAAAAAUGAUCGAAGUUUUAGCCAAUGAUUUACACUCAUAUUAUUCGAAUGAGAUGAAAUUGAUAAAUUAUGCUGGAAGAAUGGCACAAAUGAGUCAAAUUGUUAAUUAUUUAGAGCGAGAUGUUCGUCUGAAAUUUGAAAAAACCCAGCUGGCUCGAAUAUUUAAUUUAUUUAUUGUUGAUUUUUCACAUCCCGAAAUGUUUCAAUAAAAAUAAAUGUUGAAUUUGGAACAAUGUAUUGUUUAUUCGUAUAUUUCGCAAUCAUCUGUUUCGUUGAUUCCAAAGAGUUUAUUUGUUCUUAAAAACUUUCCAUCUCUUAUCACAUCACCUGUUAUCUUUUUGUCUUGUCCAAAAUCAAUAUUUGUAAAAAAAAAUGUAUAUUUCCCCGUCUUUUUCUCUGAAAAACUGUCAAAUUUGUUCAAAACCUUCACAUGGAAAUCAUUUUGGAGCAAUUUCUUGUAGAGCAUGUUCUGCAUUUUUUCGAAGAGCUGUUUUGAAAAAUUAUUUGAUUUUGAGAUGUCGAAAUGGGAGUGGAAGAUGUGAAAGUGAUAUUUGUAAGAAGUGUAGAUUGGAAAAAUGUUUGAGAGCUGGAAUGACUGAUAAAAGUGAGUAAUUUACAUUGGAACAAGAUUUUGAAACAAAAAAAUGUUCUAGAUUUUCAACAUGAUCGAGAUUUGGUCUCAUCAACUUGUAAGAAUAUUCCACCAUCAAUAGAAUAUUUUCUCAGGAAACCGGUUUUCAUAUCAUUUUGUGAAACAGAAACCUCAACAUCUGAAAGGAAUUUCAUUGAUUUCACAGAGCUCAUCGAAAAUGCUACAAAUUUGUUCAAAAAUCAAGAAAAUAAAUUAUAUGUUGGAAUGAACACAUUGAAUCAAUUAACUUAUGCACUAACUCAGAAUGCAGAGAAAAAUGAACCAAUAAUGUGUCAGAAAAUCAGGAAAAACGAUGUUCUCAAAUUUUGGGAAACAAGUUUUCUGAGAGUUGCCAAUUGGUUAACAUAUUGCGACAAAUUGCAAGAACUCCCGAUGCAAAUGAGAAUUCAAUUUUUGAAAACAAUUUGGGUUCCGUGGAUGAGGUUGAAUAAAAAUUCAUUGACAGCAAAUCGAAAACGACAAUCAAAAGAUGGAAAUAGGAUUCUUUAUUUUUCCGAUAGUUGUUUGAUAGAUUUGGAAAAUGUGGAUUUCGAUAUUUCUUGGAUAACCACGUGUAAACCUGAACAAUUGAAAUUGUAAGAUACUGAAAAGUGUUUCGAAAAAUUAUCAAAUAUGAUUUUCAGUUUUAUAAAUCCGCUUGGAAGCUUCAACAUCAAUUCAUUCAUUGACCCUUUGGUUGAAUUUCAACCUUCAAAACAAGAAUUGACUUAUAUGUUAGCAAUAUUAUCAUUUCGAUAUGCUGCAAGAACUUUGGGUGAAGAGUUCAAAAACUUGAAUGAUAAAAUGGUUGAAGUUCUAGCUGAUGAUCUGCAUUCUUACUAUAUGAACGAAAGGAAAAUGAAAAACUAUGCUGGAAGAAUCGCAAAGAUGAUUCAAAUUAUAAACCAUCUGGAACAAGAUGUUCUUCACAAAAUUGAAAAAAUCCACUUGGCUCGAAUUUUUAAUUUAUUUCUCGUUGAUUUUUCACAUCCAGAAAUGGUAUUUGAUUUGAAAUAA